UAUUUUUUUGCAACAAUUCUACAAUUUCAAAUUCAUCGUGCAAUGUGCAAGGCCGCCUUACAAUAUGAUCCCAGCGAUGAAAACAAACCAUUGCAUAAAUGUGACAUAUAUCGACAACCAGUUGCUGGAAAUAUUUUGAAGCAAAUCAUGGAAAAGGGCGCAUCACAAAGAUGGCAAGAGUUAUUGCAGGAAGUUAUAGGAGAAGGCCGACUUGAUGGAACAGCGUUGCGUGAAUACUUUCGACCACUUGAAGAAUGGUUGCGUCAAGAGAAUUUACGAAAUAAUGAGUUUGUUGGUUGGAACUACGACGGUGAUUACUGCAAACAUAGCAUUGAUACAGCAAACCUUCAAGUCUAUGGUGGCUUCUACAAUCAUGCAGCAUGCAUAAAACCUACAAUUCUUUUGUUAUUUCUUCUAUCUCUUCGAUUAAUUUUCAACUUUUGAAUUCAAUUCAAAUCAAUAAAUGCGCCAUCUAUUGAAAAACACUAUAAUAACUAUAUA